AUGGCUUUAGCGAGCUCCCUUCAAGUGCCAAAGUUAACCAAAGACAACUAUAGAAUGUGGAGUAUACAAAUGGAGGUUCUAUUAGGUUCCCUUGAUGUAUGGGACCUUGUGGAGACCGGUUAUACUAUAGCCGAAACAAGCGAUGAGAAUGAGCAAGCUCUUAAGGCAAUGAAGAAAAGAAAGAAGAAGGUUUUAUUCACUAUCUAUCAAGGUAUAGAUGAAGCCGCUUUUGAGUUGAUUGCUGUAGCAACAACGUCACAAGAGGCUUGGGAGAUAUUGAAGACAGCAUAUGAUGGAGUAGAUAAAGUAAAGAAGAUUCGCCUACAAGCCCGACGAGCUCAAUUUGAAGCAUUACAACAAGAGGCUCCAGAAAUAAUUUCUGAUUAUUUCUCCCGAGUUAUCUCUAUUGUUCAUCAAAUGAGAAGAAAUGGCGAGGAACUAAAAGAUGUUCGAGUUGUUGAAAAGAUCUUAAGGUCUUUAGACUCAAAGUUUGAUUUCAUAGUUGUGGCGAUCGAGGAAUCAAAAGAUUUGGAGGUGAUGGCUGUGGAAGUGCUUAUGGGAUCCCUUCAAACAUAUGAACAAAGAAUAUUGAAGAAAAGUGAAGAAAGAACUUUGGAGCAAGCACUCCAAGCCAAACUAUCAUUCAAGCAGAAUGAAUCAUCCAGAGGAGGUCCUCAAUGA